GCCAUUCGUUAUUCGUUAAUCGUCAUCAGUCGUGUUAAAACAGUGCUUCGGGACAGCGCGUUUGUUGCGUCGCGUCUAUACAAACAUAAAGUGCAGUGUUUGUGAAUUGAAUUAUACUUGUGUUACAACAUAAUAAUUUUUAAUCUAUGUUAUCUGUGAACCAUGCUAUCAUCACUAUCAGCACAUGAGAGAUCAGCGAGGACUUGUCUCACCGCCUGACGUUCGCAGAUAAACGAAAUAUAUUUUCGGAUUACAUCAAGACAACUUCAGUUCUGUGUGGCUGAACACGAAAGUGACCGCCAGUUCUCAUUUUAAAAAUAGAAUCAGGACUGGCCAUAAUUUAAGAAAAAAAUAAGAAAAAACACGAAAACCAAUUUAAAAAAAAGUUCAGAAAAAUAUAGAACUGUUUGUGGCCAGUGACUGGUGAUAGAUUAAAAAAAAUCUGUGACGCGCUCUUUUGCGUGUAUAACAUUGAAGUUAGUGUAAAGUGGACAUUUUAAAAAAUGGCAACAACGGGCAGUGAAAUGUGGCUCCAGUGGUUCGCGUGCUGCUACCAGCCAGCUGCGCAGGCGCAGCGCACUCGGCGGAGAAUAGACAGAUCCAUGAUUAGUGCACCAACUAAUUUCCAACACACUGGACACAUAGGCUCAACAGACGUCGACAUGCCGUCGUCGCUGCUCCACUCCAUACAGAAUCAGAUGCAAAGCAAGGGAGGCUACGAAAUGGCUUAUGGUGUUAAGGUUUACUGAUGUCAGAACGGUGUGGCCGAACCCGAACACAACAAGAAUCCACGCGUUCUUACGACUAAGAUCUUACAAUAUUUAUUAAAUAAUUACUUUAAGUUUAGCUCGUAAUUGUCUUGUACAUACAAAGUCAACACCGGUCUCGGUAAAUUAUUAUGAGUUACCUUUUUAAAUGACAAUAUAAGGCACUAUGUGGGUGCUCUUGAAAUUUUCCUGAAUUGUGUAACUGUACAUAGUUAUACUAUGUAUUUUUCAACUUUUUUGACAGAAAUGUUGAGAUUUUUCUUAUUGUUACAAAUCGUAUCUAAUAUCAAGCCAUUUUUGAAUAUAAGAUUUGUAUUAGGUGCUCAAAAACCAGUUAAU